AUGCAGCACCACUCGACAGACGGUCCAGCCCUCCGAACCCAAACAUCUGAAGGUCAUCAUUGCAGACCAAAAAGUUGCUUUCUUUUUACUGAUCGUCCUGUAGAGACUACUGCUGCUGCUUGCAUAGUUGGACCACUUCUCUCUUCCCCAUCGCCUCCUCUGCCUCCUCCUCCUCCUCUCACCACCGCCGGACUUCUCCUUUUAGGCUCGAUUGAGCGAAAGAAACAAGCCCACAUCCACUUCAACUCGCUUCCACGUGACACUUCCACUUGCUGUACUCCAUCACCUUGCAAAAAAACUGCGCCCGGAACAGCUCGCAAACUAUACCCGUCCUGCAUUCCCUCCACUGCUUCCGUCAACUCUGCUCCAGGCUCCUCGGCCUCUCCUCCUCCUUCCAACCCUUCCGACUUGGUCGUUCUGCCGAGUCGUUUCUCCUGCACUCCAGCAACUCGACCGGCCAAGCCGACAAGACUCAACUUUCCCCCUCUUCCUUCGGAGGCUGCCUCGACUCUUCCGUUCGUGCCAAGUGGUGCGAAGCAGACAAAUCAUCUGCCCCUUGGGCCCGGCGAGCUUGGCGUGAGUCGAGCGAAAGCGGCAUCUGCCAACCCAUCUCGACCCUACCCACGUGCAGUCGGCUCCGGCCCCGACCCGUUGCUACGGAAGCCAACAGCAAAUUCGACGACUGCGAGUCCCGAGGUCUUGGGCCGCCUCAAACGGUCCCCUUCGAACGCGCCGCCAACUCAGCCUUGUACCCUCUUGCCCGCCAGAGCCUCGGCAACCAACUGUUUGCAGCCUCGACAGCGGGCCUCGGACUCGGGACACACGAGUCUGGUGAACGCGUCCGUCGCGAGCCCCACGUCCGCCGAGGCGGUACCAACUUGUGUCGGGCCUGCGCCUCACUUGCGCCUCUCCAACUACCGUCGCCAGUCGUUUGCCCGGCGCGCCAGCCAAUUGGUGAGCCCCAGCAAGACCGGC